AUGGUCCUCGCGACCCUUCUCAUCGCUAUGAUCGCCAGCUCGGGCAUCGUCUUUGCUCAGACAAAGGAUGAUCACAUGAAUGUGUACCGCGAGGCCGGCUGUCGAACCGAUUCAGCUGCAGCCUCGAUUCAUGAGCUCUCUUUCCCCAAGGUGGAAGGCGGAUGUACAAURGCCGUUCUUGACGACCCUUCCCGUGGCACCCAGUUCUGCGGCAAUCCUCUCAUCGUCAUCAGUGGCGACUCCAACGUCGGUACCUGCAGGUCCUUCGCACUGCCCCCAAAAUACGCCAAACGGGACGGCUGCAAGUUCUCAGGUGGAGAUGUUUACAAGUCCAGAGGAAGGCCACAGACAAUCUCAACGGUUAUCACCUGCAGCGGCAGCGACGGGUGUAGCUUCAUGAGAACUGACUCGGUCACGAGAGGCUCUUCCAACACCUUUGGCGUGAGUCAAUCGGUCGGUGGAUCCCUCUUCAAGAUCAUCGAGGAGUCMACCACGUUCUCUUACGAUUACACCUUCGAGGAAUCGCACACCGAAAUGAAUUCGUUCACCAUCAGUGCACCGCCCAACAGCAGCGGUGUGAUUGUUUUCACACAGUACACCGAAUGUACCACGGGAAAGUUCUCCGGAGAUUGUCCUGACGGCAUCCCAACGGGUCGAGACGGCGAUGCGUGUAUCCCAAUGCAGGGCAAGCCAGGUGGCGAAUAUCGAUUUGUGGUACAGGGUUGA